ACAGGACACAGGCAGGGAGGGCAUUGACGCGCGAGAUCUCUUACGGGGAUAUUCAUAUGAAAUCAUAUGAAAUCCGCAAUCCUUUAGUGGACAGGACACAGACAGGGAGGGCAUUGACGCGCGAGAUCAAUCAUAUGAAAUCCGCAAUCCUUUAGACAGGUCUGUCAUAACUUGACCCGGCACAUGAGAGUCAGAAGACUGCCGCCGAGUGGAAGCUUACAGCCAACGUCAACACCAACACAAGUACCAACACCACCGCCGCAAUUGCGUUCCACCACUUUCCAUGCAACGGCGUCUAUAAGACCCGCACGACGCGCCCUGUCCAACCCCUUCUACCUGCAGCAAACCUCUUCCUCUUCCUCCUCCUCUUCCUCCUCCUCUUCCUCCUGCUCCUUGUCCUCUUUGUCGUCUUCUUCUGCAAGCCUAGCAAGCUCUCAUAGUCGCCAUCGACACACUUUCGCUAUUGCCCUCCUGCCGUGUCCCUCUGCACUCUCCAUCCCAGCAUCUCCAUCUCCUGUGUCGUUGCCGCCGUCGUUGCCUCAUCAAGUCGUCGUCGUCUCGCACAGACCUCGGUGGUGCUUCCAGCCUGGCCAGUUUCCCUAGCCUCCGCCAGCACCAGUGUUCAUAGUGCUCCGCUAACAGCCGCCCCGCCUCAACCUCACCUCGCCCACCCGCAGCUCCCAAAACCAGAGCUUACACGCUCUUUGCUAAUAAAACAUCAUCUACGAACUUCCUCCCGGCCUUCACUUUACCACCGACCCUUCGACGCGCCCACUCCACCGCAGCAGCCAUGCCGACCCCCUCUCAGCCUCAGACGCCCACCACCCUGAACAGCCCACUUCGUGAGCACAGACAGAGGACCGUGGAAAGAGUGACAGACAAGCUCGAAACCCCAUCUCUCGACGAUCGCCAGUAUCGUGUCAUAAAAAUUGCCUCGAAUCAGCUCGAGGUGCUGCUCGUUCACGAUGCCGACACCGACAAGGCCAGUGCUGCCAUGGAUGUCAAUGUAGGGAACUUCAGUGACCCCGAGGACACGCCGGGGAUGGGGCAUGCCGUCGAGCAUUUAUUAUUCAUGGGCACAAAAAAGUACCCCGUGGAAAACGCAUACUCACAGUACCUCUCGGCACACUCUGGAAGCUCCAAUGCCUACACUGCCGCCACAUCCACGAAUUAUUACUUUGAAGUCGCCGCCAAGGCAGCCGAGUCCGCCGAGGAGACCGAUCGGUCGCCAUUAUAUGGAGCCCUGGAUAGAUUUGCGCAAUUCUUUAUCGAGCCACUCUUCCUCCCCUCCACCCUCGACCGAGAGCUGCGCGCUGUAGACUCCGAGAAUAAGAAGAACUUGCAAAGCGACCAAUGGCGGCUACACCAGCUCGACAAGUCGCUUUCCAACCCAAAGCAUCCCUACUGCCAUUUUUCCACAGGAAGCCUGGAGACUCUUAAGAUCCAACCAGAAGCAAAAGGAAUCGAUGUCCGACAGGAGUUCAUAAAUUUCCACGACAAACACUACUCUGCAAACCGAAUGAAGCUGGUUAUCUUGGGAAGAGAGCCAUUGGAUGUCCUAGAGGAAUGGGCCGUAGACCUGUUCGCAGGAGUGAAGAACAAAGACCUCGAGCAGAACCGAUGGGAGGACGAGCAGCCACUGGGCAAAGACGAACUGUUGACUCAGAUCUUCGCAAAGCCAGUAAUGGACUCCCGACUCCUUGAGCUCACAUUCCCAUUCUUGAAUGAGGAAGACUUAUACGAGUCCCAACCCAGCCGAUAUAUCAGCCAUCUGAUCGGCCACGAGGGCCCUGGAAGCAUAAUGUCGUACAUUAAGGGCAAGGGAUGGGCCAAUGGCCUUAGCGCCGGUGGAUAUGCAGUGUGCCCAGGCUCGCUGGGUCUGUUCAACUGCCAAAUCAGACUCACCGAAGAGGGACUAAAGAACUACAAGGAGGUUGUCAAGGUUUUCUUCCAGUACAUCUCUUUGUUGAAUGAGAGCCCGCCCCAGGAAUGGAUAUUCGAGGAGCAGAAAGGCUUAGCCGAGGUUGAUUUCAAGUUCAAGCAGAAGUCUCCUGCAAGCAAGUUCACAAGCAAGAUUUCUGCCGUCAUGCAAUUGCCAUUGCCCAGAGAGUGGUUGCUCAGCGGGCACAGCAGGCUGAGAAAGUUUGACCCAAAGGCCAUUGCGGCUGGGCUUGCAUAUCUCCGACCAGACAACUUCAGGAUGUCUGUGGUCAGUCAGACGUUCCCGGGUGGCUGGGACAAGAAAGAGAAGUGGUACGAAACUGAAUACAAGUACGAGAAGAUUCCGCAAGAAUUUAUCGCGGAGAUCAAGACUGCUGCAUCCACCACCAAAGCUAGCAGGUUGUCUCAACUCCAUUUGCCACACAAGAACCAGUUUAUUCCGACAAACCUGGAUGUCGAAAAGAAGGAAGUAAAAGAGCCUACAGGAACACCAACACUAAUCAGAAACGACGACAUGGUCCGUGCCUGGUUUAAGAAGGAUGACACUUUCUGGGUUCCAAAGGCGAACCUGUUCAUCCAGUGCAAGAACCCUCUGCCAAGUGCUACUGCUGAGAACACAAUCAAGUCGAGGGUUUAUGCUGAGCUGGUCAGGGAUGCCCUGGAGGAAUACGCAUACGAUGCCGAGCUUGCCGGUCUCGAUUACAGUGUCUCUAGCUACUCCGGUGGACUCGAUAUUCAGAUAUCGGGAUACAAUGACAAGCUGCCGGUUCUCCUUGAGAAGGUUUUGUUGACGAUGCGGGACCUUGAGGUCAAGCAGGAUCGCUUUGCAAUUGUUAAAGAAAGACUUCUCAGAGGCAUGAGCAAUUGGGAUUACCAGCAACCUUACAACCAAGUGGGCGAUUUCACGAGAUGGCUCAAUAUCGAAAAGGGCUUCAUCAGUGACCAAUUGCUUACCGAAUUGCCCCGUUUGGAGGCCGAGGAUAUCAAGCUUUACUUCCCCCAACUUCUGCGCCAGGUACACAUCGAGACUCUUGUCCACGGUAACCUGUACAAGGAAGAUGCCCUGAGGCUGACGAAUAUGGUGGAAACGACAUUAAAGGCAAGGGCGCUUCCACAGCCUCAGUGGCCAGUAUUUCGCUCGCUGGUCUUCCCUCCUGGCGCCAACUUUGUUUACCACAAGACCCUGAAGGACCCUGCCAACGUCAACCACUGCAUCGAAUACCUGCUUUACGUUGGCGACAAGGCUGAUCGUCCCUUACGCGCCAAAUGCCUGAUGUUGGACCAGAUAACCCACGAGCCGGCAUUCGACCAGCUGCGAACAAAGGAGCAACUGGGAUACGUAGUAUUCAGCGGAGCUCGCACCACCUCUACGACGAUCGGCUACCGCUUCAUCGUCCAGAGUGAGCGCACCCCGGAAUACCUCGAGGGCCGCAUCGAAUCUUUCCUCGCCAAUUACCUGACAACACUAAAGAAUAUGUCUGACUCCGAAUUCGAGGGCCAUCAGCGCAGCUUGAUCACCAAGCGUAUGGAGAAGCUGAAGAAUCUUGACCAAGAAUCCAGCCGGCUGUGGACACAUGUUGCUAGCGACUACUUCGAUUUCGACCUUUCAUACGAGGACGCAGCCCACGUCAAGGCCCUUACCAAGAAAGACAUGAUUGAAUUCUACGAGCACUACAUUUCACCAUCGUCGCCAUCCAGGGCCAAGCUCGCCGUGCACCUUCGGGCCCAAGGCAUGAGCAAGAAGUCUUCCACUGCUGGCAUUGAAGACGACGUCAAAGGACUGAAGCUCAUAUCUGAGAACAAGACAGUGCAAGAAACCCCUGUGCAAGGAAACGGCACCAAGCCGUGGGCUAUCGAGGAUGUGCGAGCAUUCAAGUCCAAGCUCGGCGUUACACCUGGCCCACAGCCUGUUCGUGACCUGAGCGAAUUUGAAGAGACGGACUCAAAGUUGUAAGAUGGACCUAGAAAGGGGGGAAGGCAACGAAAUACACUUCACGAUGGAUAUGACGACAUGGGCAUCAAGAUGGUGAUGCAUAAAGGGCAUGAUACCCGGCAUGGCAUGGAGCUUGGAAUGUGUGCAUUUGCAAAGACAGAGAUAGAUUAUUAUCAGUUACUAAACCAGGUUUGGGAUUCUUUGGGACGCGUUGGCCGAAGGGGACAGGCUGGUCUCGGGCACACAAUCAUCAGGGAUGGGCAGCAUGUAUUUGCUUGUGAAAGGAUUGAUAGAAGUAUGUAAAAGAAAGAUAGAACC